UCUUGGUGGCAAGCGCUCAACCACCAGCGUCAAUUGUACUCUCCAAACCAACGCCUAUUAUGAGUCCAAAUCUGAUUCAAAAGAGAUCAUGCGAUCUACCAUCUACGUCGGUUUCGUCCAAUCACCCAGACAAUAUCUUGCACGACACUAAUGUUGCUUCUUGCAGUUAUUUCACGCAAGAUUUGGAUAUCGAUGAUGUGGACGUAGACGAUGCAUAUGUGGAUUAUGAAGAUCUAAAGAGUAUUAACGAUGAAUCAUCUAUUGAGUUAUGGGACAUUGGUGAUCCAAAUUGUGUCUGCCCAUUCUGUGAGGCACUUUUUUGGUACGAAGAGAGGAUUGAAUCGAGUUCUACAAAAAUGAACCCGAAGUAUUCCCUGUGUUGCUCACAGAAUAAGGUACAACUUCCCGUCAACAAAGAACCACCGUUGUUGCUUCAAAGGUUGAUGGAUGGAACAGAUGCUAGAA